AUGCCCGCUGCGAGACGGAUUGCUUCACCCGGUGGAGAAGACGCGUAUGGCUCCUUCCAUGCCAGGCUCGCUGAAGCCGCAUUUGCAUCACAAGAAUGGUCUAUGCAGGACCCCGAGCUGAUGCAUCACUAUACCCUUCACACGUCCCAAUCCCUUGCCCGGCGACAAGAGAUGCAAGACACAUGGCAGGCCGCGCUACCGCACAUCGCCUACUCGUACGAAGUCCUGAUGCACGGCAUCCUCGCGCUCGCCGCCGUGCACCUCGCCUACCUGAAACCGGAACGCUAUAGUCGGUAUCUGACGAGUUCCCGAUUCCAUAUUGCCCUAGGUGUACGGUCCUUCCGGCGGACGCUUCUCGUCCCGUCUGCGGACAAUUACUGUGCCCUUUUCGGCUUCUCCAGCUUGCUCAUGGUCUACAUUUUUGCCGCACCGGUGGAUUCGGAGAGGGCCGAUCCGCCACCCGGGGCUCUGGACACGAUCCUGGACCUGUUCAAAAUCUGCCGAGGGACGUUGGUUCUCAAACCAUAUUUGCCACUGCUCGCAAAGAGCCCUCUGGGGCCUCUCUUUCGUCACGAGUUCGAUAUUUCCUCGUAUCAGAAUAUAGUGUGA